AUAAAGUUGUUUUUCGAUUGGUGGGGUUCGCCUUGGUGACAAAAGGACUCGCAGCCAUAUUUAUCAGGAGGAGGUCGAAGCGGACAGAGGCUGCAGCCGGAGCGUAAGCGAAUAGCUUUACCCUACCGCCUGGCAUAACAAAAAGCUCCCAAAAACACUGCCCCCGCACCACCACCACCACCCCCAGGGAAACAAAUACCCCCCCCCCCCACCGCUAAACGAUCCACAAAGAUGGUGAAGAUCUUCGUGGGCAACGUGAACGCCUCCACCACGGAGGAGGAGCUGCGGGCUCUGUUCCAGCGCCACGGCGAGGUGUCCGACUGCGACAUCCUGAAGAACUACGGCUUCAUCCACAUGGAGAAGGAGGACGAGGCCACCCAGGCCAUCGCCGCUCUGCACAAGCACGAGCUCAACGGCUCCCGCAUCACCGUGGAGUACGCCACCACCAAGAUGCGCAACGCCACCAAGGUCCACGUGGGCAACGUGGCCCCCACCGCCACCACGGCCAAGAUCAAGGAGCUCUUCCAGCGCUACGGCAAGGUGGUGGAGUGCGACAUCGUGAAGAACUACGCCUUCGUUCACAUGCAGAGGGAGAAGGAGGCCCUGGAGGCCAUCGCCGAGCUCAACCGCACCAAGCUGGAAGGGCAGAAGAUCUACGUCUCCCUGUCCCGCAGCCACCAGGCGGACGACGGAGAGGAGGAGUAUGGCCCUUACGAUCACCCCUACCCUCACCCACCCCCUCCUCCUCACCACCACCACCACCACCCUCACUACCUGCCUCCUCCUCACCCCCCUGCCGAUUACUACCACCCCCGGGGGCGCCUCCCUCCCCUCCCGCCUCCCCCCCCGCCCAGAGCCUACUACGAACGGGAGGCGUACGAGAGGAGCCCGCGCUACGAGCCCUACUCCUCCCGCUACUACGCAGCGCGGGACCCCUACGAGAGGAGGCUCCCCCCACCGCCCCCUCCCCCGCCCUCCUACUACAGGGAGCGCAGCCCUCUGGGAAGCAGGAGGACCCUGCUGCCCCCACCCCCGCCCCCUCCCUCCUCCGCCGCAGCAGCCUACAGUCGCAGCCGGGAAUACGGGGGGCUCCUCUCCUCGCGCUACUCCCUGGGUUCAGGGUUCGACAAGGAUGACUACUUGGAUAAGUACAGCAACGGGUUCACAAGAGGCUAUUAAAAUGUUUUUUGGGUUGAAAGAAAUAGCGUAGUAUGUAGAGUUUAGUUUCUGUCUUGGCGUUCAGCAGUUGGUGUUCAGCGAAAUUAAAUUUUGUUUUUAUAAAUAGUUUUUUUUUUUUAAGUAAUAAAAUCUCCCCCCCAAAAAACCAAAAAAAAAAAAUAUUUUCAUGACUUGAGUGCAAUAGCAGUCCAAUUUUUUAUUUAUUUUUUUAAUUAAAAAUAAUAGUAAUAAUGAAUUGCAGGUUUACAAACCCAGACUGGCUACGAACCGCUAGCAAUUGUAGAUUUUUUUUUGAAUUUUAUUUAAUUUUAUUUUGUUUGCCAUUGUCACUGCCUUUUGGGUUUCUGUAAUUGAAACACAAAAAAAACAUUUUAAUCCACUCUAUAUCCAGUGAUUGAAGUAAGCCUCCCAUUACACAGCAGUGUGAUCCAGUCCUGGUUUCACUGGGAGUUUAACAAUCAGACACACCUGAGCUUGUUAGCUAGACACACUGGGGGCUGAUCAAGCUGGUAGCAGUAAAACCUGGACUGGAUCACACUGCUGUGCGAUAGGAAUCUGAUUUCCAGCUCUGUCAUCUCAAGCACAAUUUGAGUUUUUUGUCUGUCGGCACCCUUUAAAAACCCGUUUUUUAUAUUUUAAUUUGUGGUACGGACUGCUGCUGCACUCGACCAUGAAAACAAACACUGGAUUCAGUAUCUGUCCAGCAAGAGCAAUAGACUUCUCAACUAUCAACCCAGAAAAACAGGCGCUGAGAGAAAUCACUGAGGAUUUACCCCCCCAUGAAACAACAGUUGCCUUAAUCCUUUUCCAGCCAUUACAGUACAACCCAUAUGAAGGUGAUGGUGAUAACUUCUAGAAUCAAACCGAUCAAAGCUUUGAAAUGUUUUAAUAGCCUCUUCCUUGAUCUCGCUGUACGUGAUCUUUUAAAGUCGGGAAGAAAUCUUUUUGGGGGGGGGGUUGAAAAAAAAAAUCCUAUCCAGCUGCCCCCCCCCCGUCCCCCCCACUCCCCUCUCCCAUCCCUCUCUCCAAUUCCACAGCCACACACACACACACACGAACAAACGAACGAACGAAGAUUCAACCGAAAGACUGGGGAUUCGCUUAAAAAAAAAACUGACGGCAAAAUUCAUUCGAACGUUUCGGAUACGGCAAACUGCAAGGCACAACCAGCACGCAUUUUUAAAAGUCGCCGUUCCUUUCAAUAAAAAGAAACAAAAAAUGUCCGCCUUUUGUUUUGUUACGAACCUGACGUUCCGGACGUUCGACUGCAUCAACGUUUUUAUUGUUUUUUUUUUGCUUUAAUAUUUGUUAAAGGAUUUGACAACGAUUGUAAACCGUAAUUGUGUGUACAAAACAAAAACGAAGCCAACAUAUUUUGGUUCCUGUUUCUCUCUCUUGCUCUCUCUCUCUCUCUCUGUGUAAUCGCCACUUCCGUUUUUGUUCUAUGAUUCUAUUACUGAACGAAAAAAGCAUGUGACUCCUCUGUAACCUAUUGCAACGAACCAAUAUAAUAUAGGUCGUUAAUCUAGAUCCAUAGAAAGAUGACGUUCUGCCUGUUAUUAUUAUUAUUAUUAUCAUUUGUCAUUCAACCACUGUUUUGCGCUUAAACAAGAACGAUUUUGUAAAAGCUUACACCACAUUUGUUAUUCAAGUAUAUAUAUAAUUUUAUUUUGACGGCUUUCGAUUUUAGUUGGGGGAGGUCAAUCAGUGAUCGAUGUUGUGUCAAAAAAAAUAAAAGUUUCCUGUCUACGA